AAAAAAAAACCAAUAGCGGCAAAAAUAACAACACCAAAAGCAAUAUAACAGCACUAGCAAGAGGGUCACGCAGAUUGGGGGGCACUCAUGCAGUCUCUUAUACGCAGCACCAGUCUUAUGUCAUAACCCCCAUUUGUAGACUGUAUAAGUUACGCAACCCAGUCUUUACCCCAGCUAUAGCUCCUCGUCAUAGUGAGUCGGCAAAUGCUCGGGGAAGGAGGAGGAGGAAGAGGAGGAGGAGCCUGUCCAUGGAGAUCCACAAUGGCACUACUCAAAACAACCAGCCAGUCUCCCCUAGUCCCUCCUACAGGCGACACAUCCAGCUCCUCAGCCUCACCAUACCAGCUCUCGCCAUGCCGGAUGAUGUUACAACGAAGUCGAUGGAGAACGGGAACGUCGACCCUUCCGCCUCCUCCUCUGACUCUGACGCGUUGACGCCCCAAAGUCUGGUGAAAGAGGAACACGUGCAGGCCGCCCUCGCCGCUGACAAGGGUACUGCCGCAAGUCUUACAGCUUGGAAAGUCGUGGACUUUACUAAGCCGGGCGACAACUAUGCGUGCGUGGUGAGCAGCGUUGAGGUCAGGUAUGAUCUGGACGGAAAGAGUUUUGAGGUGGUCUACGUGGUGAAGCUCAACCCUUGCAGAACCUUCGAGUCCAUGAAGGAGUUUACAUAUAUGGCCUUCCAAAAGGAAGCGAAGUUCUACACAGACCUCAUCCCUGAAAUGAAUACAAUUUUGAGAUCGAUUGGGCUGAAAGAGUUGAAGUUUCCGAGAUGCUUCUAUACUUUUUUGGAGGCAGACAAAGAGGUGAUAUUCCUGGAGGAUCUAAGGCCACAGGGAUUCAAAAUGACAGACAGAAGACAAGGACUGGACGAGGCCCAUGUCAUCCUUGCCCUGAGGGAGCUGGCAAGAGUCCACGCAGCUUCUCUAUUAGUCGAAGCUCAGUUACCAAACAAGGACAUAAUUGCCAGGUUCCCAUUCAUAAAGAAGAGCUGGAGCUACUUUAUAAGGAAGAGCGAGGUGUUUUUGUCGGUGUUCGAGACCCAGCUUAAGUACAGCAUUGAUCUCCUCACCAAGGUCGGGGGAUACGAGAGAGCAAUCAGGUGGAUCGAGGACAUCCUGCCCAAGAUUCCGGAUAUAAUCGAGGAGCAGGUGAAUGACGCCAAGCUGAAGCUCGUGUGCCAUGGAGACUGCUGGAGCAACAACAUGCUGUUCAGGUAUAACGAGGACGAUCGCCCCGUCGAGGUCAUGCUACUCGACGUUCAGCUCAACAAUUACUCCUCGCCGGCCAUAGACCUCAACUACAUGCUCUACACCAGCACCAUCGGUGAAGUGAGGCAGCCCAAUCUCCAAGACUUCCUAUCUACUUACUACAGUACCUUCUGCAGCGUGCUAGAAGCGGGUAACGUGGACCGUCCCUUCACGCAGGCGGAGUUUUUACAAGAGUUUAGGGAUAAGAAUCUCUAUGGAGUCAUCUACGCAAUGGUUCUCCUUCCCUUCAUGAUUGUAGAGCCUGAAGAUGUAAUUGAUUUAUCCACUGGGACUGACGAGGACAUUAAUGUGAUGAUGGAAGAGUCACAAGCGAAGGCGAACGAAUUACUGGACAAGAAUCCUUUGCUACGUCCAAGGUUUCUGAAUGUGUUUGAUGACAUGAUGGAAUCUGGAGUGAUUCCAUGAGGCUCCCGCGGGGCUUCCUUUGAGGGCGAAGCUGAUAGGUAGACUAUGAGUUGUAGGGAGAUGCAAGAUUUGUGUUGUUUAUAGUAAUAUAGUCACCCAAGAUAGUCAGUCCCACCUCAGACAUUGCUAUUAUAUAGGAUAUGGCAACGAUCUAAAAGCACAUACACCAUUUAAGUUUGCCACGGAGGUGUGGGACUAUAUAGUACAGUAGCCUAUAUGAAGAGAAGGAAGGUGUGAGAUUUCUUUUGGUUCUUAUAAUACAGUCAGCCAGUGCAUGCAUGAAGUGAUAUGGAAACAAAUCAUAAACACUACGUCUAUAAACAUGGAAUAGAGUUCGUUGCGAGCAUCUCUAUAUGUAUGAUUUUUUUUUUUGCACAAUUCACUGUACUAAUCACUAUAGGACCACAUCACACACACAAAAUAUAAAAUAUACAAGAUAGGAAGAUGACAAAGGUAUAGGAAUAUGAAAAAAACAUAGAAGAGUGAAAGUUACUCUCUCCAGUAUCAGUUUUCAGUAACUUUCACACGUUCAUAAUUAAGAUGGACGGAAAUGUUGGAGGAACUGUAUAAUUUAUGUGAAAGGAGGUCACGGCUUGUGGUGGCGGCGAUGGUGGUAGUGGUGGCAGAGUCGGACUGGGGCGCUUAAGGGGGCCGUGGCAUCUAGUGGCUGGAGGGGUCCCGGGCCCAUAUAAGCUAAAAUAUCAAAAUAUUCAAAUAAUACACAUUGGCAUGGGUUAAGUCCAGGGGCCCAUGUACCUUGGGGGGCCCAUGUGCCACUGGCACACGGGCAUAUAGGCCAGUCCGACCCUGAGUGGUGGUGGUGGUGGCUCGUAAAUGAACAGCACAAGAUAUAUCAGGAUUGCACACUGGGCUCAUGUGGACUGUUCAGCUUAAUCAAAGAUAAACAAUGAGGAAGGUUUAAUAGAACACUCUGCGCAGUACGAUGGGACAAAGUCGUUUGGCUUCUCUGACCCUUUUGAGUACUGAACACAAACUAUAUAUUCAGGAGUGUUUGUAUUCGUGAAGUGAUAGAGGACUUUGCAAGAAUCAAAGCCAGGAGGAAACUAUAAGCUUUUGAAAGUGUUAAGUGUCUAUUGCAGUCAAUUUAAGUUAGGUUAGUUUAGAACAGGGUUGUUUGAUUUAAAUCAAGCUGAUUUAAAUCACUGAUUUAAAUCUAGAUUUAAAUCAAAUGAUUCUUUUAAAUCAUUGAUUUAAAUCAAGAUUUAUAUUAUUUGAUAUAUUUUUUAAUAUCAUUGAUUUAGAUCUUGAUCUUAUUGAAGGGCAACAAUAUAGAAUGGAAAAAUAAACAAAGAAAACACUAA